AUGCAAGUAUCCGCUGCUGAUCCUAUCGCCAAUCGCAAACUCAUGCCCAAUCGAUCGCAAACUUAUACCCGUUAUGCGGCGGCGUGCACUUCUUCGUGGCACGAACCGCUGCGACAGCGGAGGCCCUUCUCGCUGCGCGCCGGGGAAGGGUCCGGGGGACCCCAGCUGACGCCCAUAACACCACCACAGUGGUACGCUGCGCCUUCGGUAUCAGGCGGCCUGGGCACCACUCCGUUCAAUGGCACGCCGGCUACCCCAGGCAUUGGUGGGAGCUUACUGGCCGCGACACCCGCAACCGGGGCCGAAGCUGCACUGCUGCGAACACCCCUAUCCGACCCGUUCAGGCGCUCGCCGCAGCCCCUGGGCAUGUCUCCUGGUGGGGCUGUGGUAGCAAGUCCGGAGCAGCUUACGUACUACUUAGAAAGCCUUGGUGGAACCACAUCGGCGGGUUUCAUGGCCAGCCCGCAGCAUCCGGACUCGUUGGCUGGGCAGUACGGGGGAGUCUCACAGACAUCGCCAGCUUACGGGGUGGCGUCGGAUCAAGACCAAGCCACUUCUGGCGUGCUGCCAGUUGGCGUCAAUGCACCAUACUACCGUAUGACUUGGAUGCCCAAGAAAGCUGCAGCGGCGGCGGCUGCGGAUACACCGACAUUGAACCCCAGCUCGCCAGAGGAGGUCGAGGAGUUCGUCGUGACAGUCCUUCGUGCACGGCAGGAAUGGCUGGAGCUGUGGACGGAGCGACUGCGCGAGUGGCUGGCGGGGCGGGUUCUAAAGCCUUUGGUUGCAGCUGUUGUGAGCGCACAUGAGCCGGUCAACGCGCUCCUGCAGCAGUUCAACCAGUCGCCUCGUUUACCCCCGCUACCUGACAUCGUGUCGGAUGUGCGCUCCGCGGGAGUCGUCGAUGUCGACGGGGUGCUGCGGUCGCUGCAGACGUCGCUGUCACAGCAUGUGGCUGCGCAGCCGGCGGCCGCGAUGACACCUAAGGCCAAGGAGUUACUGGCAGCUGUCAACCGUUAUGCUGACCUACUGGCAGUUUUGCGGGGCAAGCGCCCCUCUGACAUCCUCCCGCCGUCCAACACAGCAUACGUAUGGACGCGGAUUCAACAACUCGCCGAGUCGUCCUGUUUAAAAGAGUUUACAUGGAACGGUGGCGCUGCGUACGCUGGUCGGCCGUGGUCUGCAGACCAGCUGCCAAACGACAGUGCGCUUGUGCUCUACCUUUUUGCCGCGUACCUGGACGCGCCCGGUUGGCAGUUUACCGCACCGCCAAACACCCAGGCCGAGGGGGGGACUCAGCCACUUUACCUGGGCACACUGCCCUCGGGGCCACGCAGCUCUGCCGCUUGCAGCGCCCUCCUGACCUACCGGCCUGAGCGCCAUGGCAAGGAUAUGGACGCACUGCUGGGGCUGCAGCUGCAGGGCACCACCCCCCUCUUCUGCUACAUGGCGGCCGGCAGGCUGAUGGUGCUGGCCAACUGGUAUCAGUACGUGGGGGUGUUCCACGCAAUUAUCUUUUUCCUGCAAUAUCACAAGGUACGUUACAACGGGGCCAUCGGACGACAGCAAAUGGACGAUCCCGACCUGGCGCUGGAUGCAGUGGUUCAGCCCCCUCCUGUGGGAGCAGUUGUUUCGCUGGGCGGUCGGGUGUUGGGUGGCCUUGGUUGGUUUAUGUGA